AUGGAAACAAUCAGUGCAUCUAUCAAACCUCACCCGAGUAAAGACGUUAACCUGCGCAAAAAGCGACCAGCAAAAACCCAGAGACCUCAUGAUGAACGUAAGGAGAGUAUCAUUGGAGAACCGCUGGAACAAGAUCAGUCUACCCACACUGUAGAAAAUCCACAAUCAGGUGACCAGUGUAAGAAGAGUUUCAGACUAUAUAUCGAUCUGGAGGUCCACCGGAGAAUCCCCACUGGAGAACAUCCUUACUCCUGUGACCUCUGUGAGGAAAAGUUCAAAGAUGUUAGCAAUUUGAAGGUCCACCAGCGCAUCCACACCGGAGAGAAGCCUUACAUCUGUGACCAGUGUGAGAAGAGUUUCAGACAGUUAAACGUAUUGAAGGUCCACCAGCGUAUCCACACUGGAGAGAAGCCUUACACCUGUGACCAGUGUGAGAAGAGUUUCAGUAACUCAAGCAAUUUGAAGGACCACCAGCGUAUCCACAUCGGAGAGAAGCCUUACACCUGUGACCAGUGUGAGAAGAGUUUUAGUAACUCAAGCAAUUUGAAGGACCACCAGCGUAUCCACAUCGGAGAGAAGCCUACACCUGUGACCAGUCGUAUCCACAUCGGAGAGAAGCCUUACACCUGUGACCAGUGUGAGAAGAGUUUUAGUAACUCAAGCAAUUUGAAGGACCACCAGCGUAUCCACAUCGGAGAGAAGCCUUACACCUGUGACCAGUGUGAGAAGAGUUUUAGUAACUCAAGCAAUUUGAAGGACCACCAGCGUAUCCACAUCGGAGAGAAGCCUUACAUCUGUGACCAGUGUGACAAGGGUUUUAGGCAAAUAAGACAUUUGAAGAUCCACCAGCGUAUCCACACUGGAGAAAAGCCUUACAUCUCUGACCAGUGUGACAAGAGAUUCAGAGAAUCAGAACACUUAUUGACCAAUGUAUCGCACAUUGGCGUAAAACCUUCACCAGUGCAUUGA